ACAAUGGAGACAAACAAGACUCUGGUGACAGAGUUUGUUCUCACAGGACUCACAGAUAAUCCCUCGCUGCAGGUCCCCCUGUUCCUGGUGUUCUUGGUGAUCUACCUUGUCACCAUGGAGGGGAACCUUGGACUGAUCGCUCUCAUCUGGAAGGACCCCCAUCUUCACACACCCAUGUACUUACUCCUUGGUGGUUUAGCCUUUGCAGAUGCUUGUACUUCAUCCUCUGUGACUCCCAGGAUGCUUGUCAAUAUCUUAGACAAGAGUCAAAUGAUAUCCCUCUUUGAAUGCAUGGCCCAAUAUUAUUUUUUUGGUUCUAGUGCAACCACAGAAUGUUUCCUCCUGGUAGCGAUGGCCUAUGACCGCUAUGUCGCCAUAUGCAACCCCUUGCUGUAUCCAGUGGUGAUGUCCAACAGACUGUGCACUGGGUUAAUAAGUAUUUCAUACGUAAUUGGUUUUCUGCAUCCCAUAAUUCAUGUAGGAUUAUUAUUUAGAUUAACCUUCUGUAGGUCCAAUAUAAUACAUCAUUUCUACUGUGAAAUCUUGCCACUAUAUACAAUUUCUUGCACUGACCCAUCCAUUAAUGCAUUGGUGGUUUUUGUUUUUUCUGCUUUUACACAAGCUUUUACUUUUAUGAUCAUCAUAGUCUCUUAUACCCGUGUCCUCUUUGCUAUCCUGAAAAAGAAGUCUGAAAAGGGCAGAAGCAAAGCCUUCUCCACAUGCAGUGCCCAUCUGCUCUCUGUCUCUUUGUUCUACGGCACUCUCUUCUUGAUGUAUGUGCUUCCUGGGUCUGGCCCAGAUAAAUACAAGGACAAGAUGUAUUCACUGUUUUACACAAUUAUAAUUCCCCUGUUAAACCCCUUUAUUUACAGCCUAAGAAACAAGGAAGUUUUAGCUGCACUGAGAAAAGUCAUAAAGUAAUAAACAUUUUUCAGGAAAAUUUUUACUAUGUUUUCUGUUUCACUUUCUGCUUAAAUAAAUCAUAGUAUCUGGUCCUGUGAUCUUUCUUCUUUAAAUUUUAUUUAUUUUAUUGUUGUAGUUGAGAAUAUAUACAACAAAACAUACACCAAUUCAGCAGUUCCUACUCGUAUAAUUCGUGACAUUAAUUACUUUCUUCAAGUUUUAUAGUCAUUCUUACUCUCCUUUUCUGAGUUGUUCCUCCCACAUAAAUACAAAAUCACUACCCCUCUACAUCUCCUAUCUAAUCUUUUGAGUUGCUGUU